GGAAAAGCUGGGAAGGGAUGUCAGAUUUUAAAUCAAAUAAUUAAACGUUCAUUAUUGAUAUGUCCAAGUUAAAGAAAUGUGUUAGAUAUAUCUUAUCGUUGCGUUUUUAUUUUCAGCGCAAUUUAGCCAAAUCUCGCCGGGUAGAAGCUAAAAUGAAAAAAAAGGAAUCCGGGAGGACUAGCUAGGCCUUUGCGUCCUUAUCAGACUCCGGUGUAGGUAGCUAGCUGUGCUACUCGGCUACCAAGUUUAUGUGCUAACGGGCUGCAGGAAAAUUCGUCAAUCUUAUGCGAAAUGCAUCAUUAAACUGUACAGUGCCACGAACGUUUAGAGUUCGGUGGCCUAAAUUAGAGAUAUAAUCGUAAGAUUGUUUUUGUGCAUCGCCAUGCAACGUCCAACCGGCACCCUGUCGUUGAAAAGGCUUCCCUUGGGAGUUCGAGCCCAGUUGGUUCUUUAUCCUCGGAGGACCAUGACUUUGACCCAACAGCAGACAUGUUAGUCCACGACUAUGAUGAUGAAAGGACAUUGGAGGAAGAGGAGACGAUAGAGGGCGAAAAGAACUUUAGCGCUGAAAUAGCUGAUUUAGAAAAGGAGGGCAGCAUGCCACUGGAGGAACUUUUGGCGAUGUAUCGCUAUGAACCGUCCGUCAGCACUGCAGCAGGGUCCAGUAUGGACAGCUCAUCUGGUGAACUCACAGAUGAACUGCCAGAUAUGACACUAGAUAAGGAGGAAAUAGCUAAAGAUUUGCUGUCAGGGGACUAUGAGGAAGAGACUCAAUCCUCCGCUGAUGACCUGACCCCCUCAGUGACCUCUCACGAAACUACAGAUUUCUUCCCCAGAACACUCAGAUCUAAGGUUACUUAUGACGGAGAUAAGGAAUCUGAAGGGGAGGAAGAUGGCGCGAGCCCUGAAGACUCUAGAAAGGAGAUAAUGGUUGGAUCUCAAUACCAAGCUGAAGUCCCCACUGGCCUCUGCACUUAUGGUGACGGUGAAAAAGUGUAUGAGGACGAGGACCAGCUAUUGUGGAGUCCGGGAUUCGUAGCAGAGAGUAAAGUGAAAGAAUUCUUGUGUCAAGCAUUGUCACGUGCUACAGAAGGCAGAUCAGACAGUGGUGAAUGUAAAGGACAUGUACGCGAUAAUGAACAGGCUUUGUAUGAACUUGUGAAAUGUAACUACAACACAUAUGAAGCCUUGGAAGGAUACUGCAGUAAUUUGAAAUCUUCAAAAGAAGAGUCACCGCCCUGGUCUGAAGACGAAUGCAGAAACUUUGAGCACGCACUGCAAAUAUACGAGAAGAACUUUCACCUCAUACAAAAACACAAGGUGUCGACACGAACAGUGGCAGAAUGUGUAGCUUUUUACUACAUGUGGAAGAAAUCAGAGCGCUUUGAUUACUUUGUACAGCAGAACCGUUUUGGGAAGAGGAAAUACGGCAGUUACCCUGGUGUCACUGACCUGAUGGACCGACUGGUGGACGAGGCGGAGGGUCUGGCUGACACCACGUCGUCUGUGUGCUCGGUUGGAGCCAGCGGCCGGUUAGAGCCUAGUGCCGAGCAGCAGCUAGGCCUCCUCAACUCCAUCACAGCCAGCGACCUCACAGCCCUUAGCAACAGUGUGGCCACUGUUUGCAACCAAACUGACGCCAGUUGUAUGGACUCGUACAACUUCCCACCGAUGGAGAGCAUACACCGAGGGGGACCCCUGAGCCACGAGGAGCCCCUGGAUUACGGUCCCAGCGGAGAGUCUGAGUGCCUCGGCUUGCUGGAGGGGGGAUUCUACCGCUCAGAGCUGGGACCCAUGAGUGCGUGCGGGGGUCGGGGAGGCAACGGGGUCAAGGACUGCGAACGUCCCCCCAAGCGCAUGAAGUUGAGUCUGGCUCCAGACACAUUCAUAGGGGACGUAUCAGUGGCCAGCCUGGGAGUGGACUUUGAUGGAAGCCGGAGGGCACACCGCAUCACUGGAGCCAAGAUGGCCGUGUCAGUUACAGACUUUAGUGGCCUGGCCACGGCUGAGCCCAAUGGGUUCAUGGGCCCGCAUGCACGGCACCAUCACCAGCAUCAACACACAGCACUGCAGUCUGAGUAACAACACGCACACGUGCUCAUGCUCAUCCUGCAAACACCACAGUGUACAAACAAUGUACAUAGACUCAAUGAAAAUGAUUCAGAUUUUUAAAAAAGAAAAAAUUAUAAGACUAUAUACAUAUAACUUUUUUUUUCAUUUUGUUAUAUAAUAUGACAUCAGUGAUGUCUUUUAUUGUAUAGAGCAAGAAAAAGUCUUGAUUUCUCAAGAGUUUAUAUAGCCAUUUAUUUUACCUGGCCUUAGAUUCUUUGUACUCCUUCAUAAUCCUUGUUAAUGUCUGGUGAGUCAUUAGUCCGUCAGCCUUUUGCUCCUCUCCGUCAUUGUCUUUAAAGUCAGAGAUGCUGCCAGAAACUGCAUUCAUGUUUUUGUUUGUUUUUCAUUUGUUUUGAAAUUGGUAUUUUUUUUUUUUUUUCCUAGACAUGUCAGUGUUUACACCUACCUAGACAGACUAGGCCUUGGCUAAUGUAGCAUUUUAUAUUCCAGGAUAUUGGGGGGGGGGGUAUUAAAUGCAGUAAGAGCCUCAAUGGAGACUACACGAGAGAAGAGCACUUUUUUGGCCGAGUUGUUUCACGUCUUGCUCCUUGUUUCUCUUUCCUGUGGAUGCAUGCAUGCUACCUUGCCUGCAUUUUUUUUUUUUUUCAUACCAACACCACAUAGUGACCACAAGAUGGUUUUGUGAUUUGGUAAAGUGCAAUGUUUUGUAUGGAACAAUUUCAUAUCUGUCUUCAUAAAUAGCUUAGACAGUUCUUGGUAUGAUCAUUUUUGAUAGGUAUACUAUACCAUUGAGAUCUCCCUCUCUGCAUAGCACACACUAUGCUUGCUUUGUGGCUGUUCAGAUUAGUACUAUUUGAAAUGGGCAGGUGUUUGUUUUCAAAAACAUACACAACACAGGCGUAAUACAAAUACCACUGAACACUUUUUGCAUGUGAGCGUGUCACUGAAUUUUUCCCCCCCCCCAGGAAUAACUUUCACAGGUGAACAUUUGUAACAUCCACCUGCCUAUGGAGAACCAAAAAGGUAUUUCUGUACAUCAGUGUAUCUUGACAGCAGAAUCUUCAGUGCAAAUGUCAAGAUUAUCAAAUAUUUGUACAGAAACCAUACUCAGACACGUCUACAGCUAGAUUAUAUAGGCUACGUUGGCUAAGAGUUUUUGUUGCUGGAACUUAAAAUGGUCAGUAUUAUGCUGUUUUAUGUAUAAUAUAAUGCAACUUCGUCUGUUGUCUGUUUUCAGUAUUACCAAGGGGAAAAGGUGGUUAACCCAUAAGGCGUUUGUAUUUAGAGUUAUAUGUUGAAGGCAGUGUGUGGGUGGGUGGACACAAAUUUGAUAUAGUUUCCCAUCUGGCAGCCAUGCAGAUUCUUAAUUUAUGGCAUUCAUUUAUGCAGACAUUGAUUUCAUUUCAUUUCAGAGGAUCAAAUUGCAUGUUGCAUGUCAAGCUCUCUUCGUAAGCCAUAUAGUGCUUCUCUGUACCAUUUAUGUACUUAUGUGUAGAGUUCUUGUCACAUCACAAGAUUCAUUUUUAUUAUGAUGCAGCUCAGAAAUUAUUCUGUGACAAAUUAUAGCAGGAACCUUGAGAUUGUACAUUCACGUGUACUUAUUAAGGGAAUUGCUGAUGCAAAAACUUCCAAUUACUGUUAUGGUCCUGAUGCAAUAAUUUGUAGAUAUGUAUAGAUGUCCUUAUUGUUAAAACAUUUUCUCUGUUUACAAUUUUUGGUUUCGUUCGUAUCUUUUUUUUUUUCUUUUGUAUUUUUUAUCAAGAAAUAUCUGAACCAUGCAUGCAACCACUCCUUUCCGUUAAGAACCACUAUUGUUUUUUUCUUUUUCCCCAAUUCUGUAAAAAGUGUUAAUAUAUUGUUCAAUAUGGCACAUGCUUUUGAAUCACAUUAUCUCACUCAAGAUAAUGUCACCUUUUAAAACAACUAAUUGAUGUCUGUUGUGAUAAUAGUCAGAUUACUAAAUACUUAUAUCAAUAUGUGGUUGUGUGCAGGUCAGAAUUGCCUGUCACUGGUUCUUUUACCAAGGCGGUUGGGUGUUUCAUUAACACCACACACAUAAACACAUCACAGAGAUGGGUGAUAGCAGCCCAACAUUAGGACACAAAUACACAGUAUUAUCCAAAUUUUUAAGUGUUUCCUUGCAUAAUGUCCAAAUAAGGCUUCAUCCUCAAUGUAUAUUUAAAUUGCUUCCACUGUAUGUUUGGCAUGUGUCAUUUCUCUGCAUGAAAGAAGUAAUAUUUUACCAUGGGCUGUUUCUGAGCUAAUGCCCAAACAUAGUUAUUGUUGAUCCUUAGGAAGGCAGCUAGAUUCUCACUGUCAUAAAGACAUGCUACAUGACAACAUGCCAUCAUAGCCCAUGAACAAAUAUUAUAGGUACUGCCAGGGAAAUGUAACCCUUAGAUGAUUUACUCCAGUUGUGUGGAAUGAGGAUCGUCAAUACUAUUAUUGACAAGAACUAUAUGGGAAAAAAGUGUAAUUGAGCUAAUUUGGUGCGUGCAAAAAAAUCAUGUUUUUAAUCUCCCUCUUGUAUAUCAAUGUUCCCUAUUUUUUCUUAAUUCUGUUUUGUUCUUUCAACAUCACACACAUAGAGGUACUGAAAAGGUAUGGAUACAAUAGCUAGAGAGGCCCCAGUAGCCCCGCGCUGAGUUGUGGUUUAAUGGCCAAGUUGAAGCUGUGCAAUGCUCAUUCUACUCAUGGUUUGUAUCUUUUUGAAGUUAACAAAAGAUGGGUUUGUAAUGUAAAGCUUUCUGCGACCCCUUGAGAUCUUGUACAUUUUGAUAUUUCAGUGAAAUGUUUUGUAGUUUUGUUAGUAAGUAGGCACUAAAGUUCAAUUUUCAUUUGAGAUGGAGAUUGAGUAAAAAGUUUGAAAAAAAAAACAUAAAAAUAUAUCUGUGAAUAAUACCAACAAAUACUUUAAAUGUAUAUUCAGAAACAUAGACAAUCAGUACAUUUAAUAUUUGAACUAUUUGAAUGGAAAUCUUUAUUGUUUAUAUAAUGUGUACAUAACUUUUUUUUCUGCUUUUGGGUUAGCAUUAUUUUGUAUUUUCUGUUGUACUUUAAUACUUGGUGUACAUAUCCAGAAAUAAACCUCUGGAAAUUGUCAGUA